AUGGCAUCCGCUUCCUUCCGAGAAUCCAUGAACUCGCUUGGCUGGUCCAGGCGUGAGUCGCAGGCCCCCGUGAGCACCGCGCCGCCCUCGCUGCUCGACAGAAUACAGAACCUGAAUCCCUUUGGCGAGGGAGGCUAUGUGCGACUGCCUACCACCGAAACAAACCCCGGCGCCCCUCUGCCUGCCCCGACGAGAAGAGAGGAAGAAGAGGGCUGGUUUGCGCUAAGUCGGUGGGACCGAUUGCUCGUUUUUGGCGGCCUGCUCCUUGCUGCCUUGGCCAUGUUUGCUACAUGCAUUGGCCUCAUGUUUACGCCUGUCUUUUUGGUUAGGCCACGCAAGUUUGCCAUCUUGUGA